AUGUCCCAAGAUGGUUCCGAGAUGGACCUGGUGCCGGUCUCCUUGGCCGUGGUCAAUGGUCAACUAGCCAGAAUGGAGGUCAAGGACAAACUCUUGAGAGGCGCUCAGUACGAGGAGAUUCCUACUCUUGGCUCUACUGUUGUCUUGAACCUCCAUAUGAAGAUACUUCGCUCGUAUGUGGGGUGGUAUUCUUCUGGAGUCGACCGACUCAAGUACCAAGGAGCUCUACAGACAGAUCAAGAUGGUUCAAGGCUUGCUCGGUGGUUUAAGGAACUGGCCGUGAUCCCUACUAUUCCUAAUGAGUUUAAUAAGAAGUCAGAGGUCGACAGGGCUCUCGGAGUGGCCAGCAAGAGUCUACUGCUCGCCUUCCUCCUCACUGAUCGUGUCCUCUGGCUCCAAAAGCUCGGCCUUAUCAGACGUGAUAGCAAGCCCGUUGAUACCCUUAAAAUGUGUAUGAAGUUCUUUACAUUGAUGCAGCUCACGAACUUCGCCAUCGCCUAUAAGAAGUAUCGCGAACAAGUUGCCCUCCAGGGCCAGGCUGGUCAUGAUCCCUCGAUUGAGUCAGCCCAACUACAGUUGGCCGUCAAGAGUCUCUUACUGGCUGUUCAGGGGCUCCACAAUAGUGGCUGGUUUGAAACUCACGAUUCAUUCGUCGGAGCCUUGGGAGUGGUCACCUGUGGCAUGGACAUGUGA